AUGUCGAGCGCCACGACGGCCGCUGAAGGGGACGAUGACGAGGUCGUGCACGACUUCGCCCCGCUACUCCUGGUGUACAAGAGCGGCCGCCUGGAGCGGCCACUCGCGAUGCCGCCGAUCCCACCCGGCCGCGACGCCGCCACGGGCGUCGUGUCCAAGGACGUGGCCCUCUCGCCGCACUCCUUCGUGCGCCUGUACCUCCCGCCCGCCGCCGCCACGGCCGAGAGGAAGCUCCCCGUGGUCGUCUACUUCCACGGCGGCGGCUUCGUGAUCGGAUCGGCCGGGUCGGCCGCGUACCACCGAUGCCUCAACGACCUCGCCGCCGCCUGCCCGGCCGUGGCCGUCUCCGUGGACUACCGCCUCGCGCCGGAGCACCCGGUCCCCGCCGCGUACGAGGACUCCCUCGCGGCGCUCAAGUGGGCGCUGUCGUCGUCGUCCGUGGCCGAGGCCGAGGCCGAGGCCGACCCGUGGCUCGCGAAGCACGGCGACCCCGCCCGCGUGUUCCUCGCCGGCGACAGCGCGGGAGGCAACAUCUGCCACCACCUCGCCAUGCACCCGGACAUCCGAGACGACGCUGCUGGCCUCAAGCUCAAGGGCGUCGUGCUCAUCCACCCCUGGUUCUGGGGCAAGGACCCCAUCGGCGGGGAGCCGCGGAGCCCCUCGAAGCAACAGCAGCAGAAGGGCCUGUGGGAGUUCGUGUGCCCCGGCGCGGUGGACGGCGUGGACGACCCGCGGAUGAACCCGACGGCGCCCGGCGCGCCGGGGCUGGAGAACCUGCCGUGCCGGAAGGUGAUGGUGUGCGUGGCCGAGGGCGACGUCCUUCGGUGGCGUGGGAAGCUGUACGCGGAGGAGGCGGCGCGGGCCAGAAAGGACGCGGAGCUGUUCGAGUCCCAAGGAGUCGGGCAUGUGUUCUACCUGCUGGAGCCCGCGCAAGAGAAGGCCAGGGAGCUGCUGGACAGGAUCGCGGCGUUUGUCAGUACGGAGUGA